AUGGAGCUAUCAAUGCCCCCCCCUCAGAUCUAUGUAGAGAAGACUCUGGGCAUUAUCAAACCAGAUAUUGUUGACAAAGAGGAGGAGAUACAAGAUAUUAUUCUCAGAUCUGGAUUCACCAUUGUUCAGAGAAGAAAACUGCAUCUCAGCCCUGAGCACUGUAGUAACUUUUAUGUGGAACAGUAUGGGAAAAUGUUUUUCCCCAAUUUAACAGCUUACAUGAGUUCUGGACCACUUGUUGCCAUGAUAUUAGCUAGACAUAAAGCCAUCUCUUACUGGAACGAACUCAUGGGACCAAGUAAUAGCUUAGUAGCUAAGGAGACACACCCAGACAGUCUAAGGGCAAUUUAUGGCACAGAUGAGCUAAGGAAUGCACUUCAUGGAAGUAAUGAUUUUGCUGCAGCAGAAAGAGAAAUGCGAUUCAUGUUUCCUGCAGUGAUUGUUGAGCCCAUUCCAGUUGGACAAGCUGCUAAGGACUAUUUAAAUUUGUAUGUAACGCCAACUCUGCUUAAAGGACUUACAGAGCUUUGUAAGCAAAAACCAGCAGAUCCUUUUAUUUGGCUGGCUGAUUGGUUGCUGAAAAAUAAUCCCAACAAACCCAAACUUUGUCAUCAUCCAAUUGCAGAAGAACCUUAUUAAAAUAAAGCCCUCAAAGAACAAAUCACGAGCUAUCUCACUGUAAAAGGCAUGCUUCUACUUAAGAAAGAAGU